UUUUAUAAAUGUCCAAGGCAUACUACUACGUGAAGAACUUCACGUUCAAGGAGGCGAACAACUUGUUCGCCUACCAAGUCAAGGACCCUAGCGUCCUGACCAGGUACCAGAGAAUCACGAGGCUUUAUAAAGGCACACUCAGAAAACUCCUCGCGAAUUAUGUAUUCACCCUUAGAGGUAGGGAUUAUGAGGUAUUCUUUGAGGAAACCAGGAAAGUUAGAGAAGACUUUGAUAAACUCAUGAGCUCGAAUGACCCUCUUCUGUUUGAUGCAACUAUCUCUAAGUAUGAGAAGGUCAUUGAGGACCUCUGGAUCCCAGACGCGAGUUUGAACCAUUCCAGACCAUACUCUAAUCUUGGAGGAAAGAUGCCAACUUAUCCUUCAGAAUUGCUUGAGUGGGACCCAUAUGGAUAUUAUACUAAAGAUCGCCUAGUCUCAGGAGAACCAACAGGUGUUGGAUUCUACGAAGAAUUGCCAGAUCAAGCAAAUGCCUGGACCUAUGAAAGUCUCGAACUCAAUGAUGACUUUGAUGCUAAUAUUAAUGAGCUUGAAUACAAAUCUGACCAGCCAAGGAGCGAACUCAAGAAACAUUUGGAUGAACUUCAUAAGUAG